AUGACAUCCGCUGGAUUGUUUAUCUCUCGGUCAACAUCCGCCUCGGCUUCUGCUUCUACGCUUCUUCGACUACAAAGACCAGCUGCUCAACGACUCCUCGCAGUCCCGAUCUUGCGCGCCACCACUGCUACACAUAUCGCAUCAUUAACAUCUACUCUUCCGACUACUGCCACCAAGCGCACAUUAACUACCACGACAUCAAAAAUGGCCUCAGACGAUUCCUACAUGGCCUUCCUCAACAAAGCCAACGAGGAUCCCAGCGUCGGCUACCCGCGCGACCGUCCGGACCCGGCCACGCAAAAAGUUGGCGGAAACGGGUUCAAGACGCGCGAUGAGGACGUUGAUCUUCCGAGCCCGAUCGCCAAGUUGUUGGAUAAGGGGGAUAAGUUCUAUGUUAGCGAUGCGGAUGAGCCGUUUGAGGGGGUUGCGCUUAAGUAUGGCGGGGGAAGUUUGCCUGAUGAAGAAAAAUUCGCUUCCCUAAUCAACCACCCCUCCCCCGCCGAUGCCGAGAUCGAGAUCUCCGAUCCUAUCGACUGGGACCGCAACGGGGAUUACACCGACCUGAUCGACGCGGUGACGGAAGCGAGCGAGGGAAAGACCGUGAUGGUGUACCGCGUUAAGAAGGACAGCGUGAGGGUGGAAUACUGGGUUGUUAGCGUAAGCCCUGAUGGGAAGCUGCUGGUUGGUGUUAGGGCUUUGGCUGUUGAGAGCUAA